AGGUCAAAGUUGCAAAGGAGCGAACGUUUGCACCGGCCAGAACCUCAAAUCAUAAUUUAUAAACGCCUACUGUGGAAAUUCAUCCUGUUCUCUUUCUUAACUUGGUCCGACAAUCAGGAAAAAUGUCAGAGAAGAUUGUAUUGUAUUAUUUCAAUGGAAGAGGAAAGAUGGAAUCGAUCAGAUGGCUUCUAGCAGCCGCAGGAGUUCAGUUCGAAGAGGUACUAUUCACCAAAAGGGAGCAGUAUGUUAAACUUCUGAAUGAUCAAGCUCUGAUGUUUGAGCAGGUGCCCCUGGUUGAAAUGGAUGGCUUGCAGCUUAUUCAGAGUAAAGCCAUUAUGAAUUACAUUGCGGGAAAAUACAAUCUCAGUGGGAAAGAUCUCAAAGACCGUGCCAUGAUUGACAUGUACACCGAGGGCCUGCUUGAUUUGAUGGAGAUGAUAAUGAUAAUGCCAUUCAAAAAAGAUGACAAACAGGCCCAGAUAGGUGUCAUACAGGGCAAAGCCACCAGCCGUUACUUCCCUGUAUAUGAAAAGGCUCUGAACGGUUCACAGUACCUUGUGGGGAACCAGCUUAGUCGUGCUGAUGUUCAUUUAAUGGAAGCCACUCUGAUGUUGGAGGAGAUAUGUCCUACUAUUCUUUCAACUUUUCCUAACCUGAAGGCAUUCCAGGGAAAGAUGAAAAGCCUGCCAACAAUCAGCAAAUUCCUCCAGCCCGGAAGUCAGAGAAAACCCCAACCAGACGAUGUUUAUAUCAAAAGUGUCAUGGAGGUUCUCGACCUCAAUAUAACAGGGUAAAAAUAAAUCAUGAUUCCUAUACUGCCUAUUCCUAUACCAAAUUGAGCAAAAAUCUAUUUGAAAGUAUAUUCACGUUAAAGCUUAUUCAUCAAGAUAAUAAUGUCCAAGUCAGAGGAAAGUGGUAAUUUGUUGCACAAGGUAACACAGUCCCUUGGCCUAGUUAAUGUGGCAGAGGUUAAGAACAUGUUGGACUUUGUACCCUGGCGAAUCCUGGUGAAAAAAGGCUGGAGUUAUGCCAGAGGUUUCCCUUUGUUUAAGUCUCUAUUACAUUCCCAUUUGCUUACAUAAAGUGCUUAUUGAAAAAAAGUCUCUGGUCCUGAUUUGUAUACUCAGAGAACUUAAAGGUACAAUAAAGUUUCUUAGUAUGACAAUCAUCAUAGUAAAGGAGAAAACUUGAAGAAAGGAAAAUAUGUACCAUAAAGCAGCGACUUUGGAGGGUAUGCAAAAUAGCUCAUUAUCAUGUUGUUCAUUGAGUAGGUGUUUGGGACGUUCAUCAUUUUAUGGUAAACUGCUGACGUCAUUAGAAAUGUACCCACAAGACAGCUGUAUAACAAGAGCUUUCGUUACAAGAGGACACACUUAGACUAGCACCUUCUCUAAACACUUUCAAAUCCCAUCUCAAAGCCCAUCUCUACUCCUUAGCUUUUAACUCAGUUUAACCCCCCCCCCCCCCCCCCCUCACCACCUCACCCUAGAUUUUAGAUGCUCAACUUCUUUACUCUGUUUAUCUAUCUUUAUUGCUUUGUUUUUAUGGGGUUUUUUUUCUAUACUUUAUUUUACUAUUAAUAUUUACUUACAUAUUAUUCUCACUGUAUCUACUCUACCAUCAUUUUGCAUUGCUAUUUUGGUUUCAUUGUUAUUAUUAUUACUUACUAAUCUUUACUAUGUUUCUUUAAAGUUAUUUUAUAAUUAUUUUACUUUAUUUUUAUUUUAUUUUACAGCACUUUGGUCAACUGUGGUUGUUUUUUAAAUGUGCUAUAUAAAUAAAUUGACAUUGACAUUGACAUUGACACUUGAAUUCAAAACCUUAUACACACUGUGUAGAAAGCACUACAAAAAUAAACAGAGCUAA